UUUUACCGUUUGUUUGAGCCACCUUAAAUUCAAAGUGUUUCCGUGCGCGCGCGCGCUAUUCGCGUGUCACGCCACUUCGGAACUGUCUUCUUAACACAUUAUGUUAUUGGGUAACAUACAUUAGAGCGGUUUUCAACUGAGUGUCGUAUUAAACCAAACCAAAGCUAUCACUCUUAGCCAAUCACAAAGGACAUGGACAAUCCAACGAACUAGUCAACGAGUACGAGCCACUCACGAUUGGUUUUGAUUUAACUUCUCAUUGGCAUGAAAAAGUGGCCUGAGUGUAUUAAACAAACGUGUAGAGAUGCAACACCAAAGGAAAUUAAUGCGAAUCACUCUUUACAUCCUAUUUAUAAUCCUUAUGCUGCUAGACUGAGGAAAAUUCAUCUUUUUUCCGUAGCUCUGAUGUACGCCUCCAUAUUUGGAAAUUUGACUGCUAUCAUUCAAAGGCUAUAUUCUCGUACUUCUCGAUUUCACCGAGAUUUGAGAGUUAUCGAGGACUUUGUUAAAUUUUACAAAAUACCGAAGUCCACUAAAGAGGAGCUGGACGAGUACUUCAGACACGAAUGGGCUUAUACGAAGGGCGUUGACAUGGAAACGGUCCUCAAACGUUUUCCCGAGUCUCUUCAAGCUGAUGUCUGCCUUUAUUUGCACAAAAAUUUAUUCACAGAGUGCUUAGCGUUUAAAACUGCUAGCGAGGGCUGUUUACGAGCACUUGCGUUGCGGUUUAAGAUUCGACAUUAUCUUCCGGGUCACUUCAUCAUUAAACAGGGAGACGAGGUCAAACGUCUUUACUUCAUAGCGAAAGGAAAUAUCGAAGUUGUCAAAUUUGACGAGACCAUGCUAACAUUAGGUAAGGGUGAUGUCAUCAGUUGCGAUUACAGCACAGUACAGAGUAUGUACAUUCCUAAAGCUAACGCCAGUCUCCGCGUUCAAACUCAUGUUGAGAUCCAUUCAGUGGCCUGGAGCGAGUUAGUUGCGGUACUGAAGGCUUACUCCUCCUUUCGUGAGGAGUUCAUCACUCAUUUGGAGCUGGCAUAUAAUCUGGGACACGAAGUGGAGGAAGACGAAAUUGUCUUAUUUCCAGAAGAAAUUCACCCGGGAUCUCGAAAAUUAUCUAACGCCCGAUCAACAUUCUCUUCACGUCAAGGAGUCGACAAACUCGAACGGUCAGGUUCACCAACAUUUAUUAUUAAUGGGCGACUACCACAGGAUCAGAACGCUGCCUCUGCCAUUGAUUUACAUUCACGUGCCGCCCGACCGUCUGCGAGUGGAAGCGAGCCAAGAAUCCAUACGCUUAUGCCGUCGAUCCAUUCCACUCUUCCUUCGUUACACACGCAUUUGACUUGUGAUCAGGGUCCUUGCACGAACGGGACAGAAUUGAAAGUUCUCGAGAAACGGCUAGAUAACAUAGAGGCGCGACUGGUAGCCAUGGAGGAGCGCUUAACAGAAAAAUUUGAGACAAUUCUGCGUCAUUUACGAAGUAAAAGUAGUGGCUCCGCUCCUGAACUCAGAAAUACAAAUGUCUGACAACGUAUUACUUUUGACACAAUUUAUCGGUUGAUCGCGUGUUUUUGUUCACGUGACUUUCAUAGGUUCAACAACACGCCUAAAUUAUAUCGAGAUGACAACUGUCAUGCCAUGCUGUAAAUAGUGGAAACUUGGUGGUUUUCCGGAAUAUAAAGCUUGAAAAG